AUGGCAGAUGAAGGAGCUGUGGCAAGACUCCAGACAGAAAUCAACUGCCCCAUCUGCCUGGAUAACCUGAGAGACCCUGUCACCAUCGAAUGUGGGCACAACUUCUGUCGCUCCUGCAUCGAGAGGUCCUGGGCUGAUGUGCAGGACAGGUUCCCUUGCCCUGUGUGCUGUCGCCCAUGCAAAGAGAGGCACCUGUGGAGCAACACCCAGCUGGAAAGGAUGGUUGACGUGGCCAAGCUCCUCUGGAUCACAGAGGCCGACGUGAAGCAGCAGGAAGAGAGGCGCUUGUGGCCACACGUGAGGCCCGUGGAGGAGGCUGCCUCUCAUCACAGGCAAAAGCUCAGAAGUUACAUUGAGCCCCUGAAGGAGCAGCUGGCAGACCUUCAGAAACUAUUAGCCACACAAGACAGGCAACGAUCAGAACUGAGGGAAAAGGUGGAAAAGUGGAGAGUGAAGUUAGCCUCUGAAUAUGAGAGUGUGAUAGCAUCCAUAGAGUGUGAGCAAGCGGCAGUUCACUCAAGACUAGCUGCACAAGAGAAGCACAUUCUACGGAAUCUCACUGCAAACAAAGCUGCAUUUUCAGACCACAUUUCCAAACUUAGAGUUCUACGAAAGGAGAUGGCAGAGACUAGUGUGGUGUCAGAUGUGAAACUGCUGAUGAACAUCAAGGGUGUCCUCCACCGUUGUGAUAACCUAGAACCUCCAGGUGUCUAUUGUGUCAAGUAUAAGAGAGAAGAAUUCAGUCUUCCUCCACAGUGUUCGGCCCUGCUGCAAAUCAUGCAGACAUUUAGAGAAGAAGUUACUCUGGAUCCCGAAACUGCACAUGCUAAUCUGCUUGUGUCUGAGGAUAAAAAGUCUGUGACAUUUGUGAAGAAAAAGCAAGGGGUUCAUCAGAAUCCAAAGGGAUUUGCAGACGAUGCAGUUGUCCUGGGUUCUGAAGGGUUUGACUGUGGCAGACAUUACUGGGAGGUCCAGGUGGAUGACAAGCCUGAGUGGGCCGUGGGGGUCUGUAAUGACUCCCUUUCCAAGGAGAGAAACAGCCCCUGCUCAGACAGGAGAACAGAUAUUGGACGAUUCAGCUGCAGAAUGGUGACUAUGUGGCUCGAGGGCCUGUUCCUGUCACCCUUGUGCUGCAAGAAAUGCCCGGAGGGAUUGGCAUCUACCUGGACUAUGAGAUGGGUCACGAUUCCUUUUACAGUUUGA